UAAAAUUUGAUUUUUUCAUUUGUAGGCAAAGAGUGCAAAAGUUGAAGUGAAAAAACCUGCGGCAGUUGAUUCUCCAGCUUCUUCAUUGCCACCGUUCAAAGAAUGGUUUGAAACCGAACGGGUAGUUCUUGCAAAGGAAAAUCCAUCAAUGACCGUUGCCGAAUUAACUAGAAUUGCCCUUAAAACUUACAAAUCGAUGAAGAACGCAAGUUCUGAUUUGGAGUCAUCGUUCCAAAACUCAAUGUCUAGUCCAUCGGUCCAUCAGAUUUCAAGUGAAGACAUGGGGUCCCCAACAAGCAAUGAGAAUACUGAGGCGGAAAGCUCAACUGCCGAAACGCCUGCUGUUGCUAAGAAAAGGAAAGCAGCAGAAGAUGUGCAUGAAGCUACUCCCUAUCCCAAAAAGAUCCCUUCCAAAACUGCUAGCAAAUUGACAGGAUUUUUCUACAAGAAAAACGAAUAGAAAUGCAGUAGGGUUGGCAUUAUGUUUGAUUUUUUUAUUAUCUUUUUCCAACAGUGCAAGACAAUAAAAAUAUCAAGCAACUGUUCAUUGCUGUUGAGAAAUUUAUUAUAGGAAAACUAUGAAAAAAUUCAUUCAUACGGGAAAUCAUUACUGAAUUAAACUGGUAUCCUACCAUCCCCUGCAGGGUAUUUCUCAUCAAUAAUUUUGUAUAAUUUCGAUUUCUACUUACUCAUCGGUUACCUACCUUGUAUUGCCAUUGGCUUCAUGUCUAGUUUUUUUUUUCAAUCGCAGGGCUGGAUUUGGAAUCCCUAGCAAUUUAACUUUUUCAACUUAUGAAUAUACCGUAUCUACUCUGAGUAUUAUUAUUCUAUCAAUAUGUGUGUUAUUAUUAAUU